GGAUCCGGCCCGCGGGCAGUAGUUUGGGGACCACUGCCUUAGCGGCUAGAUUUGCCUCUGGGCCUUGGUACCAACUGCAUGGUGUCUGGUGUCCAAACAGCAACACGACAUUACAGGCUGUUUGAGACCACCUUUAACCGGUACGUUAGAACGCAUCACUGUUGUCUUACAGUGAAACAGUAAGACAGUUUCACUGAGGUGAAACUGUCUUACUGACACACGCAGAGUCUCCGAAGGGACGUCUUCGUUUUUUUUGUAUUUUUCUAAGGUAAUUAAUUUCUUCUUUGCGGCAUUGGUUUCUGAUGAUCGUGUUGAGCUGUUUUUGUGACCUUAUGCAUUUGAUUGUUAAAUUCUGGUUGAUUCUGGUUGAUUGUGAAGUUGAACAGUGAUUGUUGUCUAUGGUUUCACUUUUACACAUGACAUUAACAUACCUCGGGAGACGAGAUGACAACGAGCAACAGGCCGUAAAUAUCUCGUUUCUCAACAAUGCCUUGAAGCCUGGCUCCAAAUGUCCCAUCUCUCUAUUUCAGAAACGGAUGGUGAAGAAGAGCUGAGUGUGCGGCGCAGAGCAGCCAUUUCCUGCUGAGGAUCAGUUGUGGGAGCAUCUGUGAACUCCAGCGUCCUGCUGGUCCACAACUUGACCUCACCACCAGUUCACCCAUCACUCUGGUUGUGGUCUCCAUUAGAAGAAAUGGAGCAUCGAGGCAAAACGCUGGAGGCUGAUUUCAACCCCAAAGUCCUGCUGCAUAGAUUAGAUGCUCAGCAGAUGUKRCUGCUUAAAGAAGAUGCUCCUSAAGAACAUGGUCCAGGUUUUGACCAACAAGGUCCAGAGUCUCUCCCACCAACCAUGAAUGAGGAUGAUGAUGAGUUUCUCCUGUCUUCUCACCUUCAUCAGCACCACAGAGAGUUACCAGAAGAUCACUGUGAAGCAGCAGAACCUAUGAGGAAUCAAGAUCAUGGAGAUUAUUCCAACUCAUCAGAGACUGAACUCAUUGAGGAGGAGAAGAAAGAGGAUGAAAAGGAGGAUGAAGAUGAUGCAAAUAAUGUUUUCUGUCAACUUGAACAAUUGCUAGAUUGCAGACCAAAUAGUAAAUAUAAGGGAAAUGUCAGCAAGGUGAGCCAUUCAACUAAAGGUUCUCCAAACUCUGAGGAUAAAAUGAAAUCCUUUACUUCAAAGAAAACCUCAAGGAGGAAAGUUCAGGUUGAAAUGAAGUUUAUCUGUGAUGACAAUGGUGAAACAUGUAAAAAAAAUCCAACAUCAAAAAGACAUGCAAGAACCCUAGCAGGACAUGAACAUCUCUGUAAAUUGUGUGGACACACAUUUAGCAACAGAAGAAACUUAGACAGACACAUGAGAAUCCACACAGGAGAGAAACCUUUCAGUUGUGAUCUUUGUGGAUACAGAUGUAGCCAGAAAUCAAGUUUAAGUGAACACAUGAGAAUCCACACAGGAGAGAAACCUUUCAGUUGUGAUCUUUGUGGAUACAGAUUUAGCACAAAAUCAAGUUUAAAUGUACACAUGAGAAUCCACACUGGAGAAAAUCCUUUCAGUUGUGAUGUUUGUUUGCAAAGAUUUCAUCAGAAAGCUCAUUUAAAUAAACACAUGAGAAUCCACACAGGGGAUAAACCUUUCAGUUGUAAUCUUUGUGGAUAUAGAUGUAACCAGAAAUCAAAUUUAAAUAGACACAUGAGAAUCCACACAGAGGAUAAACCU